UCUGCGGGUCCUAGCGGGAGGAGCGACUACGUCAUAGCAGUUUGGUCGACAGUUACGAGACAGAGUAUACAAAAUAGUUUUUCAGAUCAGGCGCUGAUACACUGGCAUCAUGUUCCAUGGGAUACCUGGCACAGGAGGAAUAGGAGGGGCUCCAGCUAAUAAACCUGAGUUGUAUGAGGAGGUGAAACUGUACAAAAAUGCAAGGGAACGAGAAAAAUACGACAACAUGGCAGAGUUGUUUGCUGUUGUCAAAACCCUGCAGGCUCUGGAGAAAGCUUACAUCAAAGACUGCGUAACACCUAAUGAGUACACUGCUUCCUGUUCUAGACUGUUGGUUCAGUAUAAGGCUGCUUUCAAGCAGGUGCAGGGCUCUGAUGUGGGCUCUAUCGACGACUUCUGUAGGAAGUACAGACUCGACUGCCCACUAGCAAUGGAGAGAAUUAAAGAAGAUCGGCCAAUCACCAUUAAGGAUGAUAAGGGCAACCUUAAUCGCUGCAUUGCAGAUAUAGUUUCUCUCUUCAUUACUGUGAUGGACAAACUGAGACUGGAGAUCAGAGCCAUGGAUGAGAUCCAACCAGACCUGAGAGAGUUGAUGGAAACCAUGAACAGGAUGAGCAAUAUGCCUCCAGAUUCAGAAGCUAAGGACAAAGUCAAUCUCUGGUUGACCACCCUCAGCAGCAUGUCGGCCUCUGAUGAGCUGGAUGAUAGUCAGGUUCGGCAGAUGCUGUUUGAUCUGGAGUCAGCCUACAAUGCCUUCAAUCGCUUCCUCCACUCGUCUUAAAGCUUUGUCUGUGAUAUAUCUAUCGGUGCAGAAGCCUCACACUGGUUAAGAAAAGAUAAAAUGCAACUUUCUCCCGAUUAUUUCAGAAAAGAGUAGAGUUAUAUCUCCACGGGUUGUGUUUCUCAUAUACCCUCUGUUUGUUUUUUUGUUUUUUUCUCCCAGUCUCUUUAGAUUAAGUUCCUGUUUGGUUUUUUAAAUCACAUUGUGUACAGUUACCAUUCCACCACUUUGUGUGCUGCGCUCUAUCUGGUACAUCAUGCAGCCUUGCUCUGUGGGCUCAUCCAGUGCUUUCGGCUGCUCUUGUGGCUUUUUUUCUUUCUUUCUUUCAUCUGAAUAUCCAAAUGUGUGAGCAGUUAUCUUGGCUCUUUAUUCUGGCCUAGAGAGAACAGCUUAUUCUUAACUUUCUACUAUAAUAUAAAGAUCUAAUUUUAUAGUUAUGGUUGGAAGAGCACUGACAUAGAAGCCUUUUAAAAGUCUGCAUAUGAAAAGAAGGUUGCAACAGCCAAAGUCUUUGUAUUACUCCAACUGUAUACCCUAUGUUUCAUCUACGGCUUCUUUCUAUUUGCCAUGUUUCAUGUUCAAUAAGUUUGACCUGCAGAAGUAUAUAAUAAGUGUUUGUAAAAAGAGGAAAAACAUUGCCAUAGUCUACACCUCAUCUGCCGUGGCUGUCAGUUUGCAGCUGAAAUAAUCAUUUAGACUUGAAGGUGACCCUUCAGUUAAUAAUAUUGAAAGAAAGGUAGAAUGGAUGGUUUAUGUCAAUUGCUCGUUUUCUCCUCCCUGUACUUUAACAUGCCUAAUCUAUACUUCAUUUAGAAGUGACGGUUUCACUACAUUAUAAAUUAGAAAAAUGUAGGUCCACAAACAGCUUCUUUUCUUUUCCACUAGCUAAAUAUGUUUCAACCUUCAAGAGCUUUUAGGAAGAGCAUAUUUAUUGAAAUUUAUCUUUGUAAAUAAUAGUGUUGAUUUAUAAACAAAAGCAUGUAACACCUUUUUAGAAAUAAACUUAAAAAAAAAACGAUCUGCAAGUUGCCCUUCUUUUUUGUGUGUGAGUGAAAUCAGAUAUUUUAGGAGCUUUUAGAGGUGUAUUAAUGGGAGCUUUGGUUGUCUCUUUUUGAGAUGGUAUCAUUUUCAUGACUGCAUUUUGACAAACCCAUAAUCUUAAGCAGAAACACUAACAACCAGGAGGGCCAAUGCAAAACGGAUUUGUAAGUGCUACUAUUGUCCCUAGUUUGGAAGACUGGAGGUUGGCGUAUUUAACCCAUUGUCCAUUUCCUUUUAGAAUAUGAUGCUCAAUUAUUCAGAGUAAAAGUUGAAAUAUGCCAUACGAUGACUGGUGAACAAAUGAGUUAUUCCUUGUCUUGGACAAAUAAUGAUUCAAUAACCGCUGUGGGUAAAUUAUUUCAUGUACGCCACUAACUUAUCCAACCAUAGAAAGUAAACACUAAGAAGGUGAAUGUGGUUUUGUUUUUGUUCCCUUUUUUUUUGUAAUUUCUUGUUGAAUCAUUGUACAUUGUAGUUUAAGUUUAAGUUUUAAGUUUACUCUUAUGCAAAUAAUUGUGGACAGUUGUAGUUUUCCUUUUUACCACACAUUUUUGGGUUGUUUUGAUUUCAAGCGUGGCAUCUUUGCACAUUGUUUUUCUACAUCUCUGUGAAAUUCAAUAUCCCACUUUGAUUAGUUCUAUUUCUCUGUGAAUUUUUUACGUCUGAAAAUUCUUUUUAUUUUUUAUUUUUUUUAUUUUUUUUUGUGUGUAUUGGGUGUUUUUUUUGUUUGUUUUUUUUUUACACCAAUCUCUUUGUGGUCUUAUUGUGUCACAUGUUGCAUCCAUUUUUAUUCAGUCUUCAUGUGGCCAGUUUACACAUGUUCUGCAUCCCAUUUAGUUUGUUUUUUUGCCACCUUUUCCUGUGGUACUGAAACGC